AUGCGCCGCUUGCAUGACAGCGGCAUGGGCGUCAAGAGGAUCGCCGCGGCCUUGAGCCGCUCCACGGACACCGUCUCGAAGCAUUUGUUCAAAAAGAACACGACCAAGAAGUCCAAGGGCCGCCCGAAGCAUUCCAUCCGCACCCCCAAAGGGUUUCUCGCUGCCCAGCGCGCUUACAAGAAGCUUCUGAAGUCCUCGGGCGGCACAAAGGAAGUGACGGCAGCCAUGCUGAAGUCCGAGAUGAAGUUGAAAUGCGACAUCAAGACAGUGCGCCGCGCGUUUGCUGAGAAUGGCUACCAGUUCCGCCCGCUGUACGAGAAGCCUGACCUUUCUGAUGGGGACAAGAAGGAGCGCCUGCAGUGGGCCCGCGAGCACAAGCACCGGAGCCCCAGCCAGUGGUCACAGUACGUCCACGCGUGCAUGGACAACAAGGUGUUCCAGGUGCUGCCCAAUGCGAAGUACAGGAAGGUGGCGGCAAAGCGCAAGGUUCGCGGGGUGUACAGGAAGCGCAAGCGGGACUUCUCCGUGGGCCACGUCAAGCCGAGCAACCCUAAGGUUCUGAAGCAGAGUUCGGGCAAGGGCUCCGUGACCAUCGCGUGCGCCAUCGGCGCGGGCAAGGUGUUGAUGUGGCACCAGGUGGUCGGCAGGUGGAACGCCGCAGCCGCGGGGCGAAUGUACUCGGGGGCGCUCCAGCCCGCUUUGAAGAGGGCCUACCCUUCCGUGCGCGGCAAGUUCCGCGUCAUGGAAGACAACGACCCCACGGGCUACAAAUCUCGCUCGGGCAUGGCGGCGAAGAAGUCCGCUGGCAUCCAGACGUUGGACUUGCCGAAGCGGUCCCCUGAUCUGAUGCCGCUUGAUUUCGCCUUCUGGGCCAAUCUGAACAAGCGCAUGAGGGGGCAGGAGAAGGACUGGCCCGCGAGCAAGACGGAGACGCGGGCGCAGUACCUGGCCCGGCUGCGCCGCACGGCGUUGGCGACGCCUUCUGAGUACAUCCACAGCAUCAUGGGCAGCCUGCACAAGCGCUGCGGCUUGUUGGUCGAGGCGAAGGGCGGCCACUUCGCCGAGGGCGGUGGGCCAGAGAAGCGCCGCAGGCUCGUGGGGAAGCAGAGCCAGCAGACGGCGCUCCUCGAGCACGUCGUCGGCGAGGAGAACAGGAACGCCUCGCGGGAGGUCUACUUGGUGACUCUGCCGCACACGGACAAGGAGGGUCUCAGAGCGCCAGCGGCUUUCUCGCGGGAGGAGGUCCGCGACGCUUUCCUGGAUUGCUGCGGCGCUCCGGACGCCGACCCCGCGUGGCGUCCGGCGGGCGCACUACCACGUGGCCUUGCACUGGGCAAGAAGAGCAAGUUCCUGACCGUGAAGCGGGCCUUGCUCAACAGGUACCAACUCGCCUCUCACUGGUCCUGCAGCCACGACGGGCACUGGUCGGCCGUCGGGUACUGCGCGAACGCGACGCCCAAGAAGCCGCGGAGCGCCCUGGACGUUGACUACUUGGCUUGGCCCGCGGACCACCCGCCGCUGUCCGCGGCGAAGAGGGAGCCGACGACCGCCCGCGCCUUGGAGAAGCGCAGGACCGCGCGGGAGCAGGUCGAGGGCGAGAAGGGGAAGCCAGAGCCUCGCGUCGAGGAAGUGGACCUGUGGCCGAUAGUGGUCAGGUCUGGGAUCCGGAAUACUCCGGACGACCCCCACGCAGUGCGCAAGUUGAUGGCGUACGCUAAGACGUCCUGCUCGCACAAGGUGGUUGCCUGGAUGUUCAAGAACGAGCACGUGCUGGAGAAGAUCAUCGACAAGGCCUGGGCGUGGGAGAACGUGGACAGCUUCCUCGAAGACGCGACGAAACCCGUCAUGCAACAGUUCAAGGAGGCCUUGCGGACGCCUUGCGUUUGCGGCGGCCGCUGGUUGCACCACGUCCGCGAAAGCCUGUCGAUGAAUCGCAUCGACGUCCCCGACCUGUGCAUCAGCAUCUUGAUGUCCCUGAAGCACGGUCGGUCCGAGGCGGCCCCGGUGGUCACCUUGGCUGGGCGCUUCGGCGGAGAGGGGAAGUCUCUUCUCUUCUCAGCGGUUCGGCCGCUGUUCGGCGGUGAGCACGCGCAGGAGAGGCCAGGCGGGGGGCAGUUUUGCCUCCACGGCUUGGACAAGGCCAAGGCCGCGGUGCUGGACGAGUGGAUGUUCAUCGAUGAGGACCUCCCCCUGUCCAUCCAGCUCCUGUGGCUGGAGGGCAAGCCCGUGCCCAUCACCAUGCCCCAGAACCAGCACGUCGGGCACAAGGUGUACCUGGGGUCCGCCCCGAUUUUUGUCACCUGCCCCGAGACGGCGCUGGCGGGCCUCUCGUCCGAGUCGUCGCAGCGCCCGCAGGGGCAGGCUGGCAUGCUGCUCCGGCGGCUGAAACUGUACUUAUUCACUGUGCCGAUUCCCAAGCCGCCGGCCCCGAAGCUAGCGCCGUGCCCGCGCUGUUUCUCGACCCUCGUCACAAGUCCGCGCGUCUACUUCGUGGAGAGCACCUACGUCCCUCGUCGGUUUUGCGGCUCGAAGGCUUUCAGGAAAGCAGCUGGCAAGGCAGCCAACAAGGCAGCCAACGAAGCAGCCUACGAGGCACCCAGCGAGGCGGCCAACGAGGCAACUGGCGAAGCAGCCAGCGAGGCGGCCAACGAGGUAGCCCACGAGGCACGAGGCAGCCAACGAGGUAGCCCACGAGGCAGCCAGCCAGGCAGCGAGGCGGUCGACAGGGCAGCCAGCAAGGCAACCAACGAGGCCACCGACACAGCACCCGGCAAGGCAACCAACGAGGCAGCCAACGAGACAACCAACGAGGCAGCCUACGAGACAGCCAACAAAGCAGCCAACGAGGCAGCCAUCGAGGCAGCCAGCAAGGCAGCCAACAGGCAGCCGAGCAGGCAGGCCACCAGGAACCAGCACGUCGCAAUGCGCCGCUUGCAUGACUGCGGCAUGGGCGUCAAGAGGAUCGCCGCGGCCUUGAGCCGCUCCACGGACACCGUCUCGAAGCAUUUGUUCAAAAAGAACACGACCAAGAAGUCCAAGGGCCGCCCGAAGCAUUCCAUCCGCACCCCCAAAGGGUUUCUCGCUGCCCAGCGCGCUUACAAGAAGCUUCUGAAGUCCUCGGGCGGCACAAAGGAAGUGACGGCAGCCAUGCUGAAGUCCGAGAUGAAGUUGAAAUGCGACAUCAAGACAGUGCGCCGCGCGUUUGCUGAGAAUGGCUACCAGUUCCGCCCGCUGUACGAGAAGCCUGACCUUUCUGAUGGGGACAAGAAGGAGCGCCUGCAGUGGGCCCGCGAGCACAAGCACCGGAGCCCCAGCCAGUGGUCACAGUACGUCCACGCGUGCAUGGACAACAAGGUGUUCCAGGUGCUGCCCAAUGCGAAGUACAGGAAGGUGGCGGCAAAGCGCAAGGUUCGCGGGGUGUACAGGAAGCGCAAGCGGGACUUCUCCGUGGGCCACGUCAAGCCGAGCAACCCUAAGGUUCUCGGGCUGGCGCAAAUCGGAGACCGCGCCGCGGCCACUCAGCGCCAGGUUCUGAAGCAGAGUUCGGGCAAGGGCUCCGUGACCAUCGCGUGCGCCAUCGGCGCGGGCAAGGUGUUGAUGUGGCACCAGGUGGUCGGCAGGUGGAACGCCGCAGCCGCGGGGCGAAUGUACUCGGGGGCGCUCCAGCCCGCUUUGAAGAGGGCCUACCCUUCCGCGCGCGGCAAGUUCCGCGUCAUGGAAGACAACGACCCCACGGGCUACAAAUCUCGGUCGGGCAUGGCGGCGAAGAAGUCCGCUGGCAUCCAGACGUUGGACUUGCCGAAGCGGUCCCCUGAUUUGAUGCCGCUUGAUUUCGCCUUCUGGGCCAAUCUGAACAAGCGCAUGAGGGGGCAGGAGAAGGACUGGCCCGCGAGCAAGACGGAGACGCGGGCGCAGUACCUGGCCCGGCUGCGCCGCACGGCGUUGGCGACGCCUUCUGAGUACUUCCACAGCAUCAUGGGCAGCCUGCACAAGCGCUGCGGCUUGUUGGUCGAGGCGAAGGGCGGCCACUUCGCCGAGGGCGGUGGGCCAGAGAAGCGCCGCAGGCUUGUGGGGAAGCAGAGCCAGCAGACGGCGCUCCUCGAGCACGCCUUGGGCGAGGAGAACAGGAACGCCUCGCGGGAGGUCUACUUGGUGACUCUGCCGCACACGGACAAGGAGGGUCUCAGAGCGCCAGCGGCUUUCUCGCGGGAGGAGGUCCGCGACGCUUUCCUGGACUGCUGCGGCGCUCCGGACGCCGACCCCGCGUGGCUCGCAAGCCACCGCGGGCAGGGGGCCGCGCCCGUCGGGGUCAAGAAGCUGGUGGUAUUCAAAGAAUACCACGCGCCAGUGGCAGGCGUCCGGCGGGCGCACUACCACGUGGCCUUGCACCUGGGCAAGAAGAGCAAGUUCCUGACCGUGAAGCGGGCCUUGCUCAACAGGUACCAACUCGCCUCUCACUGGUCCUGCAGCCACGACGGGCGCUGGUCGGCCGUCGGGCACUGCGCGAACACGACGCCCAAGAAGCCGCGGAGCGCCCUGGACGUUGACUACUUGGCUUGGCCCGCGGACCACCCGCCGCUGUCCGCGGCGAAGAGGGAGCCGACGACCGCCCGCGCCUUGGAGAAGCGCAGGACCGCGCGGGAGCAGGUCGAGGGCGAGAAGGGGAAGCCAGAGCCUCGCGUCGAGGAAGUGGACCUGUGGCCGAUAGUGGUCAGGUCUGGGAUCCGGAAUACUCCGGACGACCCCCACGCAGUGCGCAAGUUGAUGGCGUACGCUAAGACGUCCUGCUCGCACAAGGUGGUUGCCUGGAUGUUCAAGAACGAGCACGUGCUGGAGAAGAAGAUCAUCGACAAGACCUGGGCGUGGGAGAACGUGGACAGCUUCCUCGAAGACGCGACGAAACCCGUCAUGCAACAGUUCAAGGAGGCCUUGCGGACGCCUUGCGUUUGCGGCGGCCGCUGGUUGCACCACGUCCGCGAAAGCCUGUCGAUGAAUCGCAUCGACGUCCCCGACCUGUGCAGCAGCAUCUUGAUGUCCCUGAAGCACGGUCGGUCCGAGGCGGCCCCGGUGGUCACCUUGGCUGGGCGCUUCGGCGGAGAGGGGAAGUCUCUUCUCUUCUCGGCGGUUCGGCCGCUGUUCGGCGGUGAGCACGUGCAGGAGAGGCCAGGCGGGGGGCAGUUUUGCCUCCACGGCUUGGACAAGGCCAAGGCCGCGGUGCUGGACGAGUGGAUGUUCAUCGAUGAGGACCUCCCCCUGUCCAUCCAGCUCCUGUGGCUGGAGGGCAAGCCCGUGCCCAUCACCAUGCCCCAGAACCAGCACGUCGGGCACAAGGUGUACAUGGGGUCCGCCCCGAUUUUUGUCACCUGCCCCGAGACGGCGCUGGCGGGCCUCUCGUCCGAGUCGUCGCAGCGCCCGCAGGGGCAGGCUGGCAUGCUGCUCCGGCGGCUGAAACUGUAUUUAUUCACUGUGCCGAUUCCCAAGCCGCCGGCCCCGAAGCUAGUGCCGUGCCCGCGCUGUUUCUCGACCCUCGUCACAAGCGAG